AUGAAAUCGAUUUAUACAAUCAGCGGAUCUUCAUCACUUUCCUCUGGCCUUCAUGUUCCAUCCAAGCAUUCGGUACAAUCGAUUUCUUCAGAUCACAUGUUGUCAAAUGUCGAUUCCACUUGUAUUCUCACCGAUCAGGUCUCCGACAAGGUCCGCAAACUCGACCUUGCUCAAUCUCACGUAAAUGAAACCCUAAGCUUCUCGUUAGAGCUCUUAAAGCUCACUUUAUUGACGAUAUGCGAGGGUCGUGAAGGUACAGAGCUAUCAGAUGGAAAUGUAUUGCUUUUCCCUGAAAUGGUCAAGUACAGGUAA